AUGGCCGCGAUCCUCAAUCGUGCAACUGGAGACCCCGCACCAACGCCACCACCAUCUCUCCACCCACGAUCCGUGCCUUCUGAGGGCUUUCCGAACGCUGCCCGGGAGGGCAGAGCGAUGGCUUGCGUCUUCGGUCGAGAGCAGCUUUCAGCCAACUACGCUGCCGAAGAUGAAUACCACUACGGCCCACGUGUGAAAUAUGAGGGGAUUGAAAAUGCGCUCAAAAACCGUGGGUCACUACGUUCAGGCUGUUGCCAUUCGCCGCAAGAGGAUGCAUUCGUAAAAUCCGUUCCCCGACUGCGGUUGGACGGAGAGGCAUGUGCGGAAACGCAGCGUGGAACCGCCACAAAGAUGUUAAUGACACGAAUAAAUGAACUCAAACCAGAUCCACCACCGAUGGCGAAGGUGCACGCGGGUGGCAGGACGGUAGCCAAUCGCUCUCAGGGUGGUGCCGCGAGAGAAUGCCUCAAUCCUCCGAUCCCCAGAAAAAUUCCCUAUCGUCUGAAAAAGAGCCGAGUUCCGAGAACCGAAGCGUAG